UUGCUUUUGGACAGGAUAAAGAUUCUCCAGGUUCUCCCCUCCAAUUUCAACCAAUCAUUCUAAUUCUAGCAUAUGAUGAGCUCAACUUCCAUUUGUCAUCAACCACCUCAAAAAUUUAUUUUUCCUAUGAAAUGCUACUGAUUAAGACCACCAGAAUUCUUGGCCAGCAUCCAAGUUUCUUGAACUAGUUGAGGAAAAUGUCUCUUUUUGCUCCUUCCAGUGGACUCACACUUCUUCAAUCAACUAAAGAUCAUUACUUUAGGCAACUUUUUUCAUCUCAUUUCAUCAAUCAUGUUCAGGUAAGAACAGUCCCUUAUGCUACUCCUUUUCUUUCUGUCAAUGUAUCUGGAAGACCCUUUAGAGUUAGUUCAAGAAAACUUAAACCCAUCAUAGCUUCAGCUGCCUCUACUGUUGAAACCUCCAACAUUUCUUUCAGAGGUAAAAAUCCAAAAGAUAUCAAUGUUUUGGUUGUGGGUUCAACUGGGUACAUUGGGAAAUUUGUGGUUAAGGAGUUAACCAGUAGAGGCUUCAAUGCUAUAGCUGUGGCUAGAGAAAAAAGUGGUAUUAAAGGAAAGAAUAGUAAAGAUGAUACCUUGGAACAGUUAAAUGGAGCUAAUGUGUGUUUUUCUGAUGUUACCAAUUUGGAGACUUUGGAGAAAAGUGUACAAGGUUUAGGGGUUUCAAUUGAUGUUGUUGUGUCUUGCCUUGCUAGUCGAAAUGGUGGGGUAAAAGAUUCUUGGAAUAUUGAUUAUGAGGCCACAAAGAAUAGUCUUGUUGCUGGGAGGAAGUUUGGGGCUUCACACUUUGUUUUGCUGUCUGCAAUUUGUGUGCAAAAGCCCCUUCUUGAAUUUCAAAGAGCUAAGCUGAAAUUCGAGGCGGAAUUGAUGAAAGAAGCUGAAGAAGAUAAUGGAUUUACUUAUAGUAUUGUUAGACCUACUGCAUUUUUCAAGAGCUUAGGAGGUCAAGUUGAAUUGGUGAAAGAUGGGAAACCUUAUGUGAUGUUUGGGGAUGGAAAGUUGUGUGCUUGCAAGCCGAUAAGUGAGCAAGAUUUAGCUUCUUUUAUUGCUGAUUGUGUACUGAAAGAGGAUAAAAUCAAUCAGGUCUUGCCAAUUGGAGGACCUGGGAAGGCAUUGACACCAUUAGAACAAGGGGAAAUGUUGUUUAAACUUGUGGGGAAAGAACCCAAAUUUCUCAAGGUGCCAAUUGAAAUAAUGGAUUUUGCAAUAGGAUUUCUUGACUUCCUUGUAAAAAUAUUUCCUUCGUUGGAAGAUGCGGCCGAGUUUGGGAAGAUUGGUAGGUAUUAUGCAGCUGAGAGCAUGUUGAUUUGGGAUCCUGAGACUGGUGAAUAUAAUGCUGAGGCAACACCAAGUUAUGGAAAUGAUACAUUGGAAGAUUUUUUCCAAAGAGUACUGAAAGAAGGAAUGACUGGUCAGGAGUUGGGGGAGCAAACAAUAUUCUAAAUACUCUAUCAAAGAAGUCUUAACUAGCUACUCUCCGACAAAUCGAUUUUGAGGUGGUAUUUACUUGUCUUAUGCUUCCACAAGUAUAUAGCAGGGUUCUUGAGCGAAAAAGAUAAGGGUGAUAUGUGCCCUACGUUACACUCCAUAGGAUAUUUAAGAUUGUUUAUACUUUUCACUUGAAGUACUUCUCUGUUUGCUAUCUUAAUAUAAUGAAACUUGCAUCCUAUAAAGGUUUACUA